CACCACAAUUCGUCAGCUCCCGAGCCCACGCAACUGGGAGGUGGGGCCUCGUGGUGGUGGUAAUGGCCAGAGCACAGUGCAUCACCCCCACAGGACCAGGGUGAAGGGACAGUGCAGACACCACUCUCUGCUCCUGCUCUGCUGGGGACAGGCUGGCCCUUGGUGGAUGUGCCACAAUGACGGUGAAGAAGACUCAGGCUCUGCAGGAUGGAAGUGCCAAGGAGAACGUGCUGCAGAGGGUCCUGCAGCUGCCCGUGGUGAGCUCGACCUGCGAGACCCUGCAGCGGAAGUACAGCAGCACCAAGGAGUCCCACCCGCUGAUGGCCUCGGUGUGUGAGGUGUACGAGCGGGGCGUGCAGGGCGCCGGCGCCCUGGCCAUGUGGGGCAUGGAGCCCGUGGUGCGCCGGCUGGAGCCGCAGUUCGCUGUGGCCAACAACCUGGCUUGCCGGGGCCUGGACCACCUGGAGGAGAAGAUCCCUGCCCUCCAGUACCCUGUCGACAAGCUCGCAUCUGAACUGAAGGACACCAUCUCCUGCCCCCUCCAAAGUGCCAAAAGCACCAUUGGCAGCUCCAUGGAUAAGAUCAAAGAGCUGGCAGCGGAGGGCUAUGAGGCCACCAAGAGCACAGUGGAAACAACAGCUAAGUACACCAGGAAGAACUCAGUGACCCAGAUGGCAGCUGCGGGGGUCGACACAGCCCUGGGAGGGCUGGAGAAGCUGAUGGAAUACCUGCUGCCAGAGGAGGAUGAAGAAGCAGAUAAGAAGCCCAAAAAGAAACAUCUGUCAACACCGAAGGUCUCCCAGCGGCAGCCCAGCACUACCACCACUCCCAGCGCUCCCAGCGCUCCCAGCGCUCUCAGUGCUCCCAGGGCUCCCAGUGCUCCCAGGGCAUCCAGUGCUCCCAACACUCCCAGCACUCCCAGUGCUCCCAGUGCUCCCAGUGCUCCCAGCACUCCCAGCACCCUGGGCCGGAUUGGCGCUUUGGUCAGCACCGUGUCCAACCGCGCUUACCAGCAAACCACCCAAAGCCUCCAGCGUGCCAAAACCAAAGGGCAGGAGCUGGCCUCCUGGAUCCCCAUCCUGGGAAGCCUGGCCAAGCCGAGUGCCCCCGUGGCCCCUCAGGCCCGCAGUGAUGGGCAGGGCAGCGCGGGUUGGCUGACCCGGCGCCCGAGCAAGGCACCGGAGCAGAAGAAGGAGAAGGCAGGGAAGAAAGACACCAACCACACCAAGGCACGACAGGACCCUGGGCUGGUGGGCAGCAUGGCUCACAACCUGCAAACCGCCUGCACCUCCAGCAUCUCCAGCAUGAAGAAGGUCCCAGCCGUGGCCUGGGAUGCAGCAGAGGGCUUGAUUCUCUUCACCCCCCGCAGGCUGUCCAGGGCCAUGGAGACAGUGGAUGCUCUCGGGGGGACCCUCGUCAGUGCCCCUAAGCAUCUGCUGGGCACCCUGUACAGCUACGUGCCGCUCCGCAGGCAGUCAGUGAAGGAAGAAGAAGCACCCAGGGGCAGCAAGACCGACACGGAGAAGAAAGAGAAGAAGGAGGAGGAGGAGGAGGAGACCAAGCCUGCUGUCCCCUCCACUGAGGAGAAAUCCCAGCUGAGGAGCGACUGGCGGCUGUACCGUGGCCAUCACCCCCUCUCCUUCCUGGGGCUCGAGGACCCCCUCUUCCUGCGGCACAACUACUACCGCAGCCCUGCCUUCGACCCCGACUACCCAUUCCCACGGAAAUCUGCCUUCUCCCCCUACAACAGGCGGGUGAGCGAGGGCUCCUACCGCUUCAGCCCCGAGUCCAUGUACAGCCGGCCCUACUACGGCAACUUCUACAGUCCUGUCUUCAAGAAGGACUGAGCCAGCAGGCGGGACAAGCACAUCCCAGCGCCUCUCAAAACCCCUCAGCACGCUUUGCCUGGGCCCCUGCCAGCUGCCCACACACACCCCUGUUCCAGGACAGGAGCUUAAAGGACAAGCCAUGGGAUAGCUUAUUCUGGAGUGCAUCAAGGCCAGGAUGGGGGAAUAAAGGCAACGAAAAGCCCUGCUGCUGGAAGGAGAAGGUAGGGGAAGGUGGGACUAGGAAGUUGAAGGAGACGUGGAAAGUGGUGAUGCCAGAAGGGACCACCCAGGGCUGGCACUAGGCAGCCUUGGUCCCUGCUCAGCAGACAGAGUGAACUUAGAUGGGCUGGCUACACAUCGAGAACAGCAGUGAGAGAGAGCAGGGAGGAUGGCAAAGCUGUCAUAUCACCAUAGCAAGCCUGUCUCCCCAUCCUUCCUCCCUCCAUCCCCCCUUGCAGGGCCCAUCCCUAGGCACAGAUUGCUCCUCCAUGGAGGGACUGAAGAUCCCCACCAACCAGCAGGAUUCAUGAGUGGGAAAGCCCUGGGCACUUCCCUCCCAGCUGGUGGUGGGAUGGAUGGUGGCGUCAGAAAAAAGUCUGGUGAGAACAGGUGGAGCUCCUGGAGCCCCUCUCCCACAGGAUCACCUGGCUUCCCACAACACCUUGUUGUAUCUGCUGCAAUAAUAAACCUGCAAUAAUAAACCACCUGCCACUCACCCCA